AUGGUUGUGCUACCCAACUCUCAGCUUUCUGGGACGAGGCCCACGCUCCCCAGACAAGAGCACCACUACUACAAAUACGACGACGACGAGAAUACGGGGCCAUACGAUCGUGCUUUUCAACAACACUUGAUCGAUCAUAACAUCUUGCCCCCCGGCUAUGAGUAUCCCGAUGGUCACGAACCCUCCGAACCCGAUAAUAUAGAUGAGAUCCGACAAGCGCUAGAACGACCUCGAGCAUCGCUAUCUCCGAGCCGGUUUUCGAAAGACGAUUUUAAAAGGUUCAAGCGUGCUGAUGAUCAUGCGACAAAGGAGAGCCGUGUCACGGCGUCUGUAAUACCCAUUAUAGAAGGCGACCCUGGGGAUACUAGGUGCAUCGCCAGCGACAUACCUUUCACCAAUCUCGAUCACUUGACGGAUGGAUCACUUGUCUGUGCCAAGCCUGAUCUCUACCACGGAGCCCGACCCGAACAGUUACAUAAAGAAGUACGCCGAGCACUCGACAAUCAUAUUGUUCCCUCGACACAGGAUGAUCUUCCUGUCCUUCCAAAUAACUUUGUCGAAGUGAAAGGACCGGAUGGAUCGUUGUCCGUGGCAACUCGCCAGGCACUGUACGAUGUAACUCUGGGCACUCGGGGCUUCCAGAGCCUUCUGUCUUACGGCGCUACAGAGCCGCAUUAUGACAAUAAAGCUUAUGCUCUCACAUGGACAUAUCACGGAGGCACUUUAAAAGCGUAUGCCAGUCAUGUGCUUGAACCAUCGACGCCGGAAGCGCCUCCUGGUUAUGCCAUGACGCAGAUCAAAGGCUGGUCUCUGACAAGUGACCUUGAAACAUUUCGACAGGGAGCUACUGCAUGUCGGAACGGCAGGGACUGGGCAAAGAAACGACGAGACGAGGCGAUUGCAGAAGCUAACGGGAAGGUAGCGGGCAUUGAAGCUACGGGCAUACCAAGUAAGGUGACAAGACGGAUGCCGCAGGGCGAUACACUUGACACCAAGAGCUACGAUGCAACCAACGUUCCUUUUGCUUUACGAUACGAGGAAACGUCUGAAGAUGAACUGUAG